UUAGUUAAAAAUAGUUUUAUGUUAUGAUUAAUGGUAAUUAUCUUAAAAGUGACAUUAUAAUGAUUUGCGAUUAAAUUAGGUUGCUUACACUAGGAAGACAAUGGCGUGUCCGCGGAGGGUUUGUAGAAAGUGUUAUGAUAGAAAAUAUGAGUUUUGGUUUGUGAUAUAAUAAUUUGUGAGUGAGGAUGGCGAGGAUGAAGAAGCGUGAAGGAAGAUGCAUGGAUUGAUGGAUCGAACGGUGUGAAACAACCCACGAAUCAGAAAGCGGGCCCCACAUUCCCCACCAACGACCUCUUCCUCCCGCCGCGACACACUCUUCCACCCAUCGCAAAAUUCAACCACUUCUCUUCUCCAGUUUACGCGUUACACUGCACCCUCCGUUCACAGUUUUAAUCAUUAUUCUCCUCCGAAAACAAACCCAAUAUCCUUUAGUUCAAGCUUACAGAGAAUUUUGCGAUCCCCCUAAAAUCCAUCCUCGUUGAUUAAUUAUGAUCGUAAUUCAAUCAUGUAAUCCAAUCCGUGUGUUGUGUUGUUUUGUUAUUUCUGAGAUUUGAGUGUUGCGAAAGAGAGAUUGGAUUUAUGAUAAGGGGUGGAUUAAUCGAGGAGGAUGCAAACGGUGGGGAGAAUACUGAGUCAGGGCGUGUAUACGGUUUCGGGGCCUUUUCAUCCGUUCGGAGGCGCCGUCGAUAUUGUGGUGGUGGAACAGAAAGAUGGCAGUUUCAAGUCGUCGCCCUGGUACGUUCGAUUCGGCAAAUUCCAGGGGGUUUUGAAGUCGAGGGAAAAGGUGGUGGAUAUCUCUGUCAACGGGGUGCUUGCUGGUUUCCAAAUGCAUCUCGAUAAUAAGGGGGAAGCUUACUUUCUCAGGGAAGUCGUUGCACAAGAAGAAGACAAUUUGAUGUUUCCGCCUUCUUCUGGCAAUGAUAAAGACGAACACUCUCGCAGGUCCAAGAGUUGCGAUUAUGAUGGAGAGGGUGCGGUAAAGAGUAAUUCUCGCCGUUCAAGAAUACUUGGCUUUGUUUUUGGGAGAAGGUCUUUGAAGCAGAGAGAUGGUAAUGGUGAAGCGAUUGGGAACAGGGUGGGUUCGUUGGAGCGUGCAGAGAUUGCAGCUAACUUGUUAGACCUCAAGUGGUCCACUAAUCUCUCCGGGGAACAAGGGCAAAAGGUUCUUGCUAACUCGUCUGGGGAUGGUAAUGUGGUCGUGGACGAUGCUGAGUUGAAAGAGGAAGCUUGUUUUGGUCGUGAGUGUGACUUGAAUGGGAAGGAAGUAGUGUAUGAUAUUGCAGAGUCUGACGUGCAGGUUGCGUGCGUGAAGGUGAAGCUUGUGGAAAAGGAGUUGAAUGGAGAAGAAGUUUCUGGGGUGAGCGCUGUUGAUGCAUGUGAUAAUAGUAAUGAUAUUUCAAAAAACGAUGUUUCGGCUGAUGGGGUUUGCCGUGAAACACCAGAGACCUCCAAGUUGGGCGUGUCGUGCUCUAGUGAACAAGCUGAAGAGGUGAUGUACCUUGAUGGCGCAGCAGAAUGUGAAGAAGUCCGCGUCCAUGUCCAUGAUGAAGUCUUGCAUCGUGCCACUGUACUGCUAUCUGAGGGUACAGAAGCUGUGGAAGUUAUUGAGAAGGCCGAUCUUGGGAUGCCAGUACUGGGGAUCUCUGAGUUCCAUUCUGGGGUUCAGCAAAUAGAUUGUUUGGAUUCUGGUGAUAUUAUAUAUAAUGAGGUGGAUAUUGAAGAGCAAUCAAUAUCUACAACACCUCAAACUGUCAAAAUUAGCCUAGGACAUUUUUCAGGUGAGAAAGUUGAGCCCAAUUAUGUUAUCAAACCUUCCAGCUACAGCAUUCUGGAUUACCAAGCCAUAAGCGAGAAUAUGAAGGACAAGGACUUCUCCAGCACAUUAUCGACUCCUCUGGACCCUGUUGAUAAUUGUUUACCUAGAAAAGCAUCAAGGACAUCACCAUCACUAAGUUCAGAGGAUGAAAGAUUCCUUUUCAGUGACCUUGAUGAAAGUGAAAUCAAUGAUCGACCCGAGAGAACACCCUUCCCUGAACAUUUAGAUAAAGAAGAUCAUGUUUCUUAUGAGAAUGACACUGGAAAGUUAACAGCAAUAUCCUGUCCCAUAGUCAUUCCUAGAAAUGAAGCUGCUGGAGAGAAAGUUGGGCAUCAUUCGGGAUCCUUGCCAAACUUUUCUUCUAGAAUUGACAUUAUGAAUCAACAUGAUGUCCGUUACCCUUUAAGUCAAUCACUGCAAUCAAGAUCAAAAUCCUUGCCAUGUGCAUUUCCUCCAAAAGAUGAUUUAGAAUGUCUAAAACCUGAUGAAGACAAAGGAAACAACCUAACACACGAGGAGUCAGGUAACAAGGAUUAUCAUCAUUCUGGGGAUAUCAAAGAUACAACUCCGAAGCUUCCCCUUGGAGAUGAUCCAUCAACACAGAACCCUUCCCCUGCUGGAAACUGGAGACUUUGGCCUUUCUCCUUGAGGAGAGCAGAAUCUAAAGAUUCUAUAUUGCCGCCGUCUCUAAGUGAUUCCAAAAACACUACUGAUGGUAAUUCUCUAGAGAAUACGACUAGCACAGUUAUGAACAAAGAUAAACCCGAACCCAAAGCAGGAUCUAAAGAUUCUAUAUUGCCGCCUUCUUUAAGUGAUGCCAAAAACACUACUGAUGGUAAUUCCCUAGAGAGUACGAUUAGCACCGUUAUGAACAAAGAUAAAACCAAACCCAAUUUAAAAAAAAUAAAGGUUAGGGAAACAACUCCAACUUCUGAACAGGUUGCCUCCUUGAAUCUGAUGGAUGGGAUGAAUACUGUAACCUUCACUUUCUCUACAGCCGUGCUGGGGAAUCAACAGGUCGAUGCUCGAAUAUAUCUGUGGAAAUGGAACACUCGCAUAGUGAUCUCUGAUGUGGAUGGUACAAUUACAAGGUCGGAUGUUCUUGGUCAGUUCAUGCCUUUGGUUGGUAUUGACUGGUCACAGACAGGUGUUGCACAUUUAUACUCCGCUAUUAAGGAGAAUGGUUACCAACUUCUUUUUCUUAGUGCUCGUUCAAUUUCUCAGGCCUAUCUUACACGACAGUUCCUAGUUAAUCUUAAACAGGAUGGAAAAGUUUUACCCGAUGGUCCUGUUGUUAUUUCUCCUGAUGGACUUUUUCCUUCUCUAUAUCGGGAAGUUAUUAGGAGGGUUCCCCACGAAUUCAAAAUUGCAUGCUUAGAGGUCAUCAAGGAUCUUUUUCCUUCUGAUUGCAAUCCUUUCUAUGCUGGUUUUGGUAAUAGGGAUACGGAUGAAAUCAGCUACCUUAAGGUUGGAAUUCCCUUGGGAAAAAUCUUCAUAAUUAAUCCCAGGGGAGAGGUUGUUGUAAACCGUCGCGUUGACUCAAAAUCAUAUGCUUCUCUGCAUGCUCUCGUGAAUGGGAUAUUCCCCCCUACGAACUCCAAUGAACAGGAGGACUUUAACUCUUGGAAUUUUUGGAAACUACCACCUCCUGCUAUAGAUAUUUGAAAGUUCCCCAUGGAUUUUUUUGGCUCAAUUAUGAUGGUCUGAUCCGGACGGGCGCAGGCUGUGCCGCUCCAAGAAUUAUACAGGUUAUAUAUAUGUGUAUCUGAGCCCAACAAAAACCACCAUAUUCUGUUGUUGACAUGUACUCUGAAUUGAUUGAUUGGAACUCAUAAUUUGGUGGAUGGAACUCUUAUGAAAGAGCGGAAUGGAGCUUCUUCCCUGUUUGUUGCUGCGAGAUCAAAUCCAUUUUUGUCAUUGGUUAGUUAUGAAAUUAACCCAUGACCACUUAAGUCAUGGAAUCCCACAACUGAUAUCACUUAUUGAUUAUAGAUAGAUUAGUGCAUAGUUAAGUCCUUUUCAUUUGAUUGCAUAACUUGCAUAUGUAUGUAACUGUAAUUGAGUUAUGCUUCUUCAGUUUUAUUAUUCUAACAACAUAUAGAAAAAGUUUAUGCUUGUUU